GUGGCCUUCCGCAACCCGAAGAUCAUCUACAGCUCCAACUGCUUGCGCAACCUCCUUCUCGUUCCGGGCCUCCGACUCAUCGCCGUUUGGCGCGAUCCCGUCGACUGGCUCUGGAGUUCCCUUCACCGGAUCUUCGAGGGCUUCGAGGACGCCGAGGAGGAGAUCGGCAGGGCAUGGUCCAUUUUCGCAGAGUCCACGAAGGGAGAAGACCCGUCGACACUCCAGACACUGCAGGAGCAAGGAGGUGGCAUGCUCGAGCUUAGCACCUGGCGCCUGGGUGUUCCCCUGUCCCUUGGCGCGGCGGCGCCCAGCCGUGUGCUAUGGAAGCUCCACAAAGCCGUGGGUCAGGAGAGGCUUCUGGUUCUUCCAUUCAAAGGGCUCAUUUCAAAGCGGCUGACCUGCUUUGACCAGCUGUUACUCUUCCUGGGACUCCCAGCCUCGGCUGGCGAGCUCCUGCCCGCGAAUGUCCGCCGAAGGCGGACCCGCACUGACCGCCGGGCGGAUGCUGCCUUGAAAAAUGAGACGGCUCGUCUGCAGGAGUUCUUCCGAUCGGAACGAGAGUCAGCCACUCCACUGCUGGCCUGUGCGGCACGAGUUGCA